CAAAUGAAAUUUUUGUCGCCAGCACAUGGUGGUUUUCCUUAAUUUGGAGGAGGAAACAAACAAAACCCAGGUGGUAGAGGUGGCUAACGAACAACACCCCAAGUUCCAGGUGUCAUGACCCAAACGAACCUUAACAUCACAAAACGAAGAACCCAGAAAUUGAGAGAGAGCGUGUGAACAUGAACAUGGACAUGGAUUUCUACCACCUUAAUUCAAAGUGGGUAUCAACAGUAGCAAGCAUAUGGAUUCAAUGCACAAGUGGGUCACUCUACACAUUUUCCAUCUAUUCCCAAACACUCAAGUCAACGCAGCACUACGACCAGUCAACGCUCGACAUCGUCUCUGUUUUCAAGGACAUCGGAGUCAACGUCGGAGUUAUCGCCGGUCUCCUAUAUGAUUUCCUUGCCCGCCGCCGCGGAAACACGACUGGACCUUGGGUCGUUCACUUCUUGGGCUCGGUCCUAUGCUUCUUGGGCUAUUUUCUCAUGUGGGCCGCCGUCGUCGGCGUCCUUUCGCCGGUUCCGGCGCCGGUGAUGUGCUUGUUCAUGUUCGUGGCAGCUCAUGCUCAGAGCUACUUUAACACUUCUAAUGUUGUCACCGGCGUUCGUAACUUCCCUAAUUAUAGCGGAACUAUCGUUGGGAUUAUGAAGGGCUUUCUUGGUCUCAGUGGAGCAAUAUUAAUACAAGUGUACAAAGCAACAUUCAACAACAAGCCUAUGAAUUAUCUGCUGAUGUUAGCACUCUUACCACCUAUCAAUACUCUGUUGCUUAUGUGGUUUGUAAGAAUCCACAACACUCAUGAGGGAGAAGAAAGGAAGUAUCUAAACAUAUUUUCUUUGAUGUCUCUGGUUAUUACUGCAUAUCUUAUGGUGGUUAUAAUUCUAGAGAACAUCCUCAGCCUGCAGUUAUUUGUUCACAUCGUUAUAGUCAUUGGGCUUAUGGUGUUGCUAGCCUCACUUCUUUGCAUUGCAUUUAAAGCACAAGAAAGGAGCUCAACUAGUGCUUCAGAAAGUUUUCUUGAUGAGGGGUCCCAACUAAUUGUGGAGCCUGAGCCCCUGGAUACCGAGAAGAUGGAUGCAAGGCCGGAUUCUUCCAGCAACCCUUUGCUUGAUACCAAGAGUCAAAGGGCCCUGCAACUAGGAGAAAACCUGAAUCUUGUUCAAGCAGUGCAGACGGUGAACUUUUGGAUCUUGUUUGUUUCUAUGGCAUGUGGUAUGGGAGCCGGACUUGCAACAGUUAAUAAUAUGGGCCAAAUAGGGGAAUCCCUUGGUUAUACCAGCCAUGAGAUAAGUUCCUUGGUCGGUUUAUGGAGCAUUUGGAAUUUUCUCGGCCGUUUCGGAGCUGGUUAUGUGUCAGAUUAUUUUUUACACACUAGAGGAUGGGCAAGACCUUUAUUCAUGGUCAUCACUUUGUUGGUCUUGAGCAUUGGCCUUGUGGUGAUUGCUUCUGGACUGCCGAAUGCGCUAUAUGUUGGUUUGAUAUUAGUUGGUAUUUGUUAUGGCUCUCAAUGGUCCCUAAUGCCCACAAUCACUUCUGAGAUAUUUGGUGUGGGACAUAUGGGUAGCAUAUUCAACACCAUUACAAUAGCAGGUCCAGUGGGAUCUUAUAUAUUCUCUGUAAGAGUAGUUGGGUAUAUAUACGAUAAAGAAGCAUCAGAAGGAAAUACAUGCACUGGAACUCAUUGUUUCAUGUUUGCUUUUCUCAUAAUGGCUUCUGCCACUCUUCUAGGUUCUCUCACCGCUUUAGCUCUGUUUUUCCGGACCAAAAACUUUUAUGCUGAGGUUGUACUCAGAAGAAUUCGAAAUAUUCUGUGAUGGAGUAAAACAUCAUUUGGUAAUAUACUGUAAAGGAGUGAUGAAUUUGUUGGGGUUCAGUGACUUAUUGGUAAGGUCUUUGCUUCUUUUACUUUGUGUGCUCACGUGCAACUUUGUUAGCAACUCACUUUGAUUCUCAUGAGUCAUGACACAUCACCAAAGCAGGAUACAGAUGGGGUGAGGAAAAAUUUGGGAUUAAAAUCACUUUGUACUUGUAUGGUACCCUUAUAAAAAUGUGGAAAGUUGGAAGUACAAAAACAACUCAUUUUUACUUUAGACCAUCUUUUAUGGCUACUCCUACCAUGGCAUAUGAAGUAAGAUGAACAUUAGGGCUGGUUUGAUCUUUGA